AUGGACGUCAAGAAAAAGCCCAAAUCUGACCAGCUGAGAUGGGUGGUGAUCUACCCGGCCUACAUUUCCAAGAAGACGCUCGUGGAGGGCCGGAGGAUCCCUCUUGCCGAAGCCGUCGACGCGCCCAAUGUACCCGAAAUCGUCGACGUCCUGAAUUCAAUCCCGCUGCCAAAUCUGGUGGAAACAAAGAUGUACCCGAGGGAUCAACUUCGAAGCACCUUAUGCCAGGGUAGAGUGCGCGUGCAGCUAUUCAGUGAAGAUGGGACUCCGCUCGUUCCCGAAAUUACGACCCGACAAGCGCUCUACAAACACGUGGCAAAGCUGAUUCCGAUGCUCAAGACCAGACAGCAAAAGCCGGUCGUCGCCGCGCCUCAAGCCACUGUCGCAGCGGCUGAUGGCGCGAAUCUCGGGAGAUUGGUUUUUGAGCUGGACACCGAAUUAUGUCCAAAAACCUGCGAGAACUUUGCGUCUCUUUGUCGUGGAACACAGGGUUUCGGCUAUGAAGGCAGUAUCUUCUACCGUGUCGUCCCCGGAUUCUGUGCCUGCAGCGGCGAUUUCGAGACACAAAACAAGGACAGGAAGGGUGGGCGCUCCAUUUAUGGAAAAUGGUUCGAUGAUGAGAAUUUCGACAAGUCGCACGACAAACGCGGUGUCCUCUCAAUGGACAAUUUCGGGUGGCCCAACACCAAUUCUUCACGUUUCUUCGUGACAUUUGACGAAUGUAGAUGGAUGGAUGGUUACCACGUGGCAUUUGGGGAGCUGGUCUCUGGGUGGGACACACUGGAUGCUGUCGAGAAUCUGGGCGUCAUUGAGGGCUACGGCCGCCAGAAGGGGCGAACGACCAAGGAGAUUGUGAUCUCAAAGUGUGGAACUCUC